AUGGACUGGUUGUUCAAGUAUCGUGCUCAGAUUCAUUGCCGCGAUCAAAAAGUGACUCUUCGUAGUCCAUGUGGCAAGCGUAUCUCCUAUAGUGGAGUGGUGUUGAAGAAGGGAGUAAAGAUCGUAUCUGCUCUCAAGAUGCAAAGGCUCCAUCAGAAACGGGAGCAAGUGUUCCUCUGUAUGGUGAAAGAUUUGACCCGAGAGGUGAAAUUUGAGGACAUUCCCGUUGUUCGUGAGUAUCCGGACGUUUUUCCUGAUGAGCUACCAGGUAUCCCUCCUGAAAGAGAAGUUGAGUUCAGCAUUGACUUGACUCCUGGUACUGCUCCUUUGUCAAAGGCCCCGUAUAGGAUGGCGCCUGCUGAGUUGCAAGAGUUGAAGACUCAGUUGCAAGAAUUGAUUGAUAAGGGAUUUAUUAGGCCAAGUGUCUCGCCGUGGGGUGCCCUGUUCUGUUGUCAAAAAGAAAGAUGGGAGUAUGCGGCUUUGCAUCGAUUAUCGAGAAUUGAACAAGGUGACUAUCAAGAAUCGAAAUGGUUUGCAAAGUUCUCCAAGUGUGAGUUCUGGCUGGAGGAGGUGUCGUUCCUAGGCCAUGUUAUCAGCAAGGAUGGAGUCAUGGUAGAUCCUUCUAAGGUUAGAGCUGUGGUGGAUUGGGAGAGUCCUAAGAAUGUUACCGAGAUCCAGAGUUUCCUUGGUCUUGCUGGUUACUAUCGGAGGUUUGUCAAGGACUUCUCAAGGGUAGCUCAGCCGUUGACUAAAUUAAUGAAGAAGGAGAGCAAGUUCUUGUGGUCCGAAGAGUGUGAAAAGGCAUUCCAAGAAUUGAAGAAGUGCCUCACUACCGCUCCUGUUCUGACCUUGCCUACUGAAGGGGUUCGGUUUGAAGUUUAUAGUGACGCAUUGAAGCUUGGAUUGGAUUGUGUUCUUAUGCAACAAGGGAAGGUGGUGGCGUAUGGAUCUAGGCAGUUGAAGGUGCAUGAAAAGAAUUACCCUACUCAUGAUUUGGAGUUGGCUGCUGUGGUGUUCGCUCUUAAAAUCUGGCGACACUAUCUGUAUGGGCUGAUCAAGGAUUACGACCUGCUGCUUGAUUACCAUGAGGGCAAAGUUAAGGUGGUUGCAGAUGCUCUCAGCCGUAAGUCAAAGCAUUCUCUUAAUGCGGUUAUAAUUCCGCCGAGAGACUUAUGUGACGAAUUUCGGAAGCUUGAAAUCGAGGUGGUACCUCGGGGUUCGGUGGGAACUCUCUGUGCUAUGAGUGUCGAGCCUGCCUUGUUCCAAGAGUUGCGAGAGAAGUAG